CCACUGCUGAAAAGGAGAAAUAUUAAUUUUAAAUAUUUAAAAUAAGAAGACAGAAAAGAAUAUUUUUAUUUAGCCCUUAAAGAGAAGUAGAACAUGCGUAAACAGGCAGAUUGAGGCUUGGCUUCAUAAGUAACCAGGAAAUACUGGAUUUGAACGUUUGGAAUUAAGACUUAAAUUUUAGUUAGCUGUAGGUGUUCUGAAAUUUGUCUUGUAUCGUGGAUCCAUUUUCCAAGGUCCUUGCAAAGAAUACAGUUAAUUGUCUUUAAAACUCCUAUAUGUUUUUGAUUGCAAGGUGUUCAUGGUUAACCUUCAUUAACACUAGAGAGGACACUCCCAGUUUUGAUAUAGCAUGAGGAAAUUUCGGUUCUGUGUAUGAAACUAAGAGGUAUGGGAUUAGAUCCUAGGCGUAAAGUAAAUACAUUUCAAAGAUAUAUAGGUGUGCUGUAUUUUUUAAUGUUUUUCUAUUCUGUACUUCUUUAAAAUUCAGGAAUUCCAUGGUAACUACAUGGGAAACAUUUUAAAUAUUUUAAUAUGAUAAUAUGUGCGUUUUUCUGUAUUUAAUUAAAGCAGGAGUGUACAAAUCAUGCUGUUACUCAACCAUCUCGGUUCUUUGAGGAAGGGAGGGUGCUUGCUUUCUUAAUCCUUAAUUUUUAAGGCUUGACUGGUUGGGAAGAAUUGCUUCUUGGGAAUUGAGAAAUUAUGUUCUAGCAGAGAUUAAAAUAAAUUGUUCAUGUAGCUGCAUUAUUCCUGAUUCAUUUUGAGCACGAAGCUGAAAGAGUCUGUCGCUGGGUUAUGGUGCUGUGUGGUGGUACCUAUGGUUGAGAGACACAUACAGGGCAUCGGCCACUGGGAAAUGCACACAAGGUUAUGGGUUGGCUGUCAGGAAAAGUGUAAAUGGUUUUGUUGCCUGUAUCAGAUUAGAGGACCACAAUGUUAGUCCUUUUACUUUUUUUUUUUUUUUUUUAAAUUUUGGGGAGAGUACCUUAAAAAUUUUUACCAAAAUACUAUUUAUCAAAAUACUGUAACUUACACAUAUAGUGUUCGCAUUCAUAGCUGAAUCUCUUACCCAUGGCUCUGGGGUUUUUAGUGUGUUCUAAAAUACUGCCGAGAUUUAGUGGCUAGAAUUUAGUGAAAAUAAAGGAAAUUCUUCAUGUUCCUGUGUUGACUUUGGCUGCAAGGAGAAGUUGGAACUUUUGCUAUCUCUUGUAGAGAAAAAAUUUUAGAAACUGGUUAGAAACAUUGAAGCAACUCUGUCUUACAUUUUUCUGUGUAGUUCUUUCUUUAAAUUGUGUGCCUAGCUGGUUUGAAGUGAGUGUGUUUCUGAGCGCUUUGGAAGAGAUGGAGCUCUGCAGGCAAAGGAUAUCACAGCAUUGACACCAAGCCCUAGCGUUCUGAGCUGCCAUGGGGGAUUUUCAACACAGCUGAGCUGUAGAAACUAAUAGGAGACCUAGAUGGCAACUGACUAGUCUUAGUUUCUUCAAAUGUUAAUUGUUUUUUAAAUAACUGACCUAAAGUAAGCCAUUUCUUUUGUAAAAGAAAGGUUUCCUGGGCCGCAGAGACUGUGGAGUAAAAGUUAGGGUGGAAGUUAAAUACAUCCUGAUCAGGCCUGAUAUUAUGUGGGUCACAUACCUGUGUGCAGAAGUUGACACACACCUGAUCUGACUUCUGUAGCAUUGAGUGGGUAGAACAUAUGAAUGUUCACGGUCUCGCUGGAAUACAGCCAGCUUUUGCUCUUUUGGGAGGAAGCACGAGCUUAACCACAAACAGUGCACAGCUUUACAUCAAAGCUGGCUCAGGUUCUUCUUGCAGCUUAGAGCAUGAGUAAGAUGACCUCAAGUCUGCUUGCACAUAUCUGUAUAAGCAUUUAAUUGUAUUUAAAGAUUUACAAACUGUAAACUAAGGAAAAGCAAUACUGGCUAGCAAGUGGAAAUCCUAAGACAAGCAGAACGCAGAAUUUUGCCUUUGAUAAGCUUUUGGGUGGUAAAAUACUCUGUCAGACCUUGUGGAUUCUGUGCUUCAUAUAUAACAUAAAAUACUUCGUGUGGAUAAGUUAACGUCGCACAGAUUUGGAAGAUUAGUAUGUCAAUAAGAUGAAAGAUUAAUUAAAAGGAGAUAGACGGUUCCACCUUUAAAAACCGUGGACUUCAUUUGAAGAGAUGUGGGCUUCACAGAAAGUCUGUGUGGUAGUUAUUGUGUAUUAUCGUUGGACAAUGCCAAUCAAUGCAUUGAAAAAAUCUACAUUAGGAAGGUGUGUAUUUGUACACUAUCUGUGUACAAUUAUGACCUGUACUUUCUUCUCAUGUUUUGCAUGUACAGUGUUCACUGCCAAUAGUUUGUAAAAUUCUGUCAAAUCCAGUUUUUUUCUUAGGAUAUCUUUGAGCAAUCCCUUUUUGAUAACCUGUUUUCACUUUAACCAGUUAACUCCUAUGAUCUCAGAGGAUGGAUGUUUCUGCUUGUUAUUUUUGGCACCCAAUUCAAGCGUCCAGGUUAGUUGGGUGCAUUCAGAGCUCUGAAUUUUGGUGGGCAGAGUUGCUCUCUGAGAGUUCCCGCACCUCUGCAUUGACUGUAGAGGGUUGGCAGACUCUAACUUACGUAAUGUGAAGCAAUGCGAAUUUUGUAAAUUACCCUCUUUCACAUCAGGGAAACAAAAUGGUUUAGUUGGAGACUUGAGUGAAGGAUAAGAUGGCAGUAGUGUAAAGGCUCAGAACCGAGCAGAGGAGAGAGACAAGAUGAGCACACCAUCAUACCAGGUGCCUUUAUUUACUGGAGAAAACAGCCAAGGUCAGAGAAAAUCAUAGUCUCUUGGAAGGAUUCUCUGGGUACCCAGAGACUUGCAGUGAGCUACAGGGGAGCAUGGCUGCCCAAUUCCAGAGGGGCUCUUCCAGCCCCGGAAAGUUCACCAGGCGGAGAAAUAAGUAUCUUGUUACUGUCAAAGUAUUUCUUAUACUGCUGUAUCACAGGCAGCAUAGCAUUACUCUGCCAUAUAAUAUUUGGUUAUAUAUGGCACAUAAGAAAUCCCCUCUGGUUAUUUGUAACCCCUGGUAAGACAAACAGAUCACCAUAGUUUUCACCAGCUCUUGUUUCUCCCAGCAGUCUUGAACUGCUGGGAUGUCAUGAAAGUCAGCAUUGAUCUUGCAACAAAGCAGGUGAAAAGCUGGAAAGUGAAGGGUGGAGAACUUGAAAGGGGCUGGCAUCCAGGGAAGGUUGCAGCACCUGACCCUGACCAGGGAGAGCAGCCUGGUCACCAGACAGAUAGCAGGUGCUCAUCCAGUUUUGCAGACUGGUACGUAAAUUGUAAGUGUUUGGACAGUUGGUUCCAAAUUUUGAACAGGUUCUGUAGAAAGAAAAUACGUUUUCAAGUGUAUCUGGAGCCUGAAAGCAAAGGGCAUUCCUGUGCUUUGCGUACAGUCUCUAGAAAUUUAAACUGUUGUGUUGACCGAGGCCAGUACCAGGAAGUUAAGAAGUGCCCGUUAUGAGGAAUGUAGCCAAAUCCGUAAAGUCUGUCCAGCGGCAUUUUUAUUGUUUUAUCGUUAUCCCAGGCAGUUUGUCAUCAUAGUUUUUUUUCUGAAGCACAGAGCUGUUAUGAAAUAGUUAUAUAAUGUCCAAGGAUGGAUAUCUGCUGACAUUUGAAAACUAUUCAGUGAGAAGUAUGAUGGUAAAAAAUGAGAGGUAUGUCUUUAACACGUGUUGACUGUAAGACAGGAGACAGAUUGUGGGAAAGUUAUUUCAAUCUUUCUUAAGAGUAGCCUACAUUUUUAAGAAGCCGCAUCUUACAUGUGCAGAGGGUAUACUGGGAAACCUGCCUAAUGUAUGUGUUUCCAUUUUCACAAAAUGAAUAUUUAGUAUUGCCCAUCGUAAGCAUGCAAAAUUUAUGUAAUUUGCAAAUUAAUAUAAUUUAAUGUUAAAUGCAGCUUUCAAUUUAUUUCCCUAUGGUUUGUGCCAUUAAAAAUGAUGCUUUAUAGACUUACUGUACAGUUGAAAAUACUUGGAUUUCUUUUGAAUGAAAAAGUUUCUUACACAAUUCCAGCAUGCAGAGCUUUUACAUAAGCAGUGUCAGGAGCUGGUGACCGUGACUUUGUGACUCUCCUUCCGGCGGCCUUUGAGGCUGGAAGAGUGAGCAUGCUGCUAGAUAAGGAUCUGCCUGUGCUGGAUGUUCUGGUACUUUAUUCUUGAAAAAAGUUAAAAGCAUUUGGUUCAUUCCUAGAGUAAACAGAACCCAAUUUGGAGAAGUAUAAUGCAGUUGUGUUUAUAUGAAUGUUAGAAUUCAACUUCUUCAGUCUGAUUUUUCUCAAAGAAGAAAAAUAAUACUUUUCCCUUCCACCCAUAAUAAAAUAAUAGUUUAUUCAGCAGUUUGUGCAAGUAAGAUCCUUACUUAGAAAGUUGUUUAGUUGAAAACAUGAGAUUACUGGUGAUUAGAUUACAACUGGUUAUGUUUGCUGUGAUGAUGGUGGUACUCCAUCUUAAUAACAGGGGAGGAACUGCAGAACAGUCACUUUUGUUCGCGCAUGGUUGUGGUAAAUUAAAAAAAAAAUAGAUCUACCUUUUGAUCUUUACUUCUGAACAAGUUGUUUGUAGUAUUUUAACAUAAAAUGUAUAUUUAAAUAUAAAAUAUGAGGCAUUAAAAAGCUGUGAGAACACAUGCUGGAGCAAUUAUUGCACAUUUAAAAACAAACAAAACAAACCCACUUUUUGAUUGGCAUAAAAAGAGACUUUGAGCAGUAUAAACCAGUACAUUAUAGAGCUUUUCUUAACAGGAAGUAGAAGAGAGUAGUGGUUAGAAAACACUGCAUACAGGAAGCUUGACACAUGCAUAGCUCUGAGUGGCUCUGGGUUGUCCAGCUCCCUUUCGAUAUUUUCUCUUUUGCUUUUGUAAAAGUCACUGGUGUCUAUAGAUGGCAGCUCAGAAGGAGGUACCUUGUAACCAGUGCACAGGGACGGCCACAGCGCUGCAGAGGCUGGAAGGUUUUGCUAAUCGCCUUUUCCAUAGGCAAUCAAAGAGUGGUGUGCAUGAACAGAGAGCGGCUCUGGAAAAUGAGAGCCAACAUUGCUCUGAGCUUGCUGUCCUAUGGGACAAAUCAAAGACUUUUGUGAAAGAGUUCCUAGCCAAAGCCAAAGAAGACUUUCUAAGAAAAUGGGAAAGCCCCCCUCAGAAUACUGCUGGCCUAGAUGAUUUUGAGAGGCAAAAAACCCUUGGAACAGGAUCAUUCGGGAGAGUAAUGAUGGUGAAACAUAAAGCCACAGAACAGUAUUAUGCUAUGAAGAUACUGGACAAACAGAAGGUCGUCAAACUGAAGCAAAUAGAACACACACUGAAUGAGAAGAGAAUAUUACAAGCGGUGAACUUUCCUUUCCUUGUAAAACUGGAGUAUUCUUUUAAGGACAAUUCUAAUUUAUACAUGGUAAUGGAGUAUGUUCCUGGUGGUGAAAUGUUUUCACAUCUAAGAAGAAUCGGAAGGUUCAGUGAACCACAUGCACGGUUUUAUGCAGCUCAGAUAGUGCUAACAUUUGAGUACCUCCAUUCAUUAGACCUCAUCUACAGAGAUCUAAAGCCUGAAAAUCUUUUAAUUGAUCAGCAAGGAUACAUCCAGGUCACGGACUUUGGCUUUGCAAAAAGAGUAAAAGGAAGAACUUGGACGUUAUGUGGGACUCCAGAAUACCUGGCACCUGAAAUAAUUCUCAGCAAGGGUUACAACAAGGCAGUGGAUUGGUGGGCAUUAGGAGUGCUAAUCUAUGAAAUGGCAGCUGGAUAUCCCCCAUUCUUUGCAGAUCAGCCCAUUCAAAUUUACGAGAAGAUUGUGUCUGGCAAGGUAAGGUUCCCAUCGCACUUCAGUUCAGACCUAAAGGAUCUUCUAAGAAAUUUACUCCAGGUAGAUUUGACCAAACGAUAUGGAAAUCUCAAGAAUGGUGUAAAUGACAUAAAGAAUCACAAGUGGUUUGCAACUACAGAUUGGAUUGCCAUUUAUCAGAGAAAGGUAGAAGCUCCAUUCAUACCAAAGUGCAGAGGCCCUGGAGAUACCAGCAACUUUGAUGACUAUGAAGAAGAAGAUAUUCGUGCGUCUCUAACAGAAAAAUGUGCAAAAGAAUUUGCUGAUUUUUAGUAGGAGUAAGAGGACAAGAUGACAUCAGGGCUCACAUUGGGAUCUUUGCACUCUGUUAACAGAUGAGGUGGAGCUGAGACCAUCAUAUGUCAAAACAGUUACCUAGUUACUUCAUUCCACAAAGCUGACUGAGGUCUUUAUUGCCAUCUUCCAUGUGUGCAGUUUGCACCAACCCUUCUAACUAGGCACAAUUAAGCAAGCACUGUUUGUGCAGUAACACAGAAUAAUAGACCACUUUCCUACUUAACUUUGGUUUCUGUCGUUCUUUGUUUCUGUGUAUUGUUCAUUUUCCCCCUUUAAAAUGAAGUAGUUUUUUACCCAAGAAUGCUCCAUUUUAUUUUGAAUAAUGUAUUAUUUGUGUGAGUGAAAUGGAAGGUGUUGCGGCUAGUGUGAUUUAGACUGAAGUGAAAGAUAAAUGUUGCUUCUAGUCUGUGCCAGCCAAUAAUUCUUGUCUGUCUUGUGUCUGAUGCUACAAUUUAUAAUAAUUUUUUAGUAGCUCAGACUAAACCUAGCCAACAUUUUUAGCAUUUUUGAAGGUAGUAUUUAUCGCCAUAUAAAUGUCUGCUAAAUUAACUUAAAAACAUUUCUUCCUGGAGACUGACCAAAAUUCAGUAGAAUCAAUUGGAUGGCUUAUGUAGGGGACAGUAGCUAGACCCCGUGCCUUGGUUUUCUACAUCCCUGUGGUUUUUGUCACUGCCUCCUUCCUUUCUAUUUCCCACCUAGGCAGUAGGUAAAUUGCCAUAACCAGACUGUACCAUGGAGAGCUUACAGUCUUGUGAGAGGGAGUAAUUCUACGUGGUCUGGAUUUUGGACCGUAUCUAACCAAGUCAACUUACCAGCAUUUCAGUUGGCAGGUAUGAAAUGGUUUUUUUAAGAACAUGAACCCUAAACUCUUAAAGAAACUUUUGGUCAGUAUUGUAGAGAAUAUGAUUCAUUUUGAUUCACGUUUUCUUUCUUCUUUUAAAGCCAAUGUUUGGGCUCCCCGAGUAUUCCUUGGUUUUGAGCCUUUUUUGAUUGAAAAAGGCACCCAUUAAAAUAACCACCACCACACAACAAAAAGCAAAAUGCGCUCUGCCAUUAGCUAUGACAAACAAAUGGUUUAGCAAAUGCAACAUAAUGUUCUAGAUGCAUCGCUGGAUGAACACGGUUAUUUUUUGUUAGCUGUUAAGAAUAAGAGGUUCUUGCCAAGUUUUUAUUCUGGUAUACUAUAUUAGUAAACUGAGGAUGGAGUACUGCUACAAUCAUUUUCUUUUUAAUUACAGCACUUCAUUCACGAAGAAAAGUUUCAAAACUGCAACAGCUGGUUUGGUUUUAGUUGCAUUGUGUCUUCAUUUCUAACCUACUUUCUUUCAAUCAAACAGAAUGUAUGGUCACACAGAUAUAAGUAUUUGGGCUUAAUUGUUUUGUAUACUCUCACCAACUGACUUAAAAGAUACCGCUAUCAUGUGCUAGCUUUGGGCACUUUUACACAUUUAAUUCAAUGUUAAUAAUCAGUGGCUCAGCACUUUUUGGGGGUUGCUUUUAAACUUAUUCAUAGUAGUUUUAUUUGUACACUUGAUUCCGGCUGUCUCAGUGACCUGUCUUAAAACAGCACAUCUAAACAAUUUAAACUAGACUCAUAUUUUAUGAUCAAUUUACAUGCAUACAAGGAUGAAUUGUUUUUAAAGAAAAUGAGCUAUAUUGGUAUGUAGCCAUUGUAUUUGUUUGAAUGCCAAUGCAAAUACACCACUGGCAUUCCCUCCUUUUAAUCUGUUUGACACUCCUUUAAGAAAAGCCUUUGUAGACAUUUUACAAAAGAAUGAGAGACGUACCAUCAACAUUCUGUAUGUUUAGGUUGUUGAGCAUUUUUGCACAACGUCAUUAGGAGGCUGACACUGAAUGCAGUCUUUGUCCACCCAUAUUUACAUAUGUGCAAGAAAAGUAUAAGAUACUUUGCUGUAGCAAAUUUUAUGUAACAAAGAUAUAUCGUCACAUUAAUAAAUUUAAAGAAAUCCUUUGUAUGAAAAUGUUAAAAUCUUUUGUAUUUCAUUUAGACCAAGGACAUGCUGCUGUAUGCUAGCUGUAUGCGAUAAAUUCUACAGUAACUUUGUUGUCGUUUAUGAACUUUAAAAGAUUUUAAUAAAUGUUGGAGAUCACAAUUUGAUUCUGUUAUGAUUUUAAUUUUUAAUCAUUACCUUUAUAAUUCUAGUAAGGAUCAGAGAUUUUUUUUCUGUUUUGUAAAAUACUGUAAUCAUUCAUCUUGCGUGUACAAUAAGACAAAAGUCUAGGAUUGGUUCUGACGUGUCUGAUAUCCAGAUUAAACUCUACAUGGGCAUAAGUGGAAAAGUCAUCUUAACACCGUGAUAUUAUGCUAGUUUUUAAUUUUAUGAAAAUCCUGUUAGAAAGUAAAAUACUUUUCCAAUAUGGCAUAAUAGACUUCAGUAUGGAAAUGAGAUUCUAUUUUGGAAAAGGAGGGGAAGUGUGCAAUUUCCAAGGCAUUAGUGAGUACAUUUGACAAUGUGAGUAUUAUACAACCCUCUCAUUUAAACACAGUCAUAAAAUAUAACUACAGAAUAUUAUGUUACCUGUAUUUAAUUUGAAAAAUCCUUUUCACAAUAUGGAAAAAUUGUAUAUCUAUGACAGUAGAAGCUUGUUAAUUUUACACAUUUGAGGAAUUAAGUGUUGAACUAUAUGGUAUAUUUUAAUUGUAUUCUAGUUGUAUGUAACUUUCAUUUCCAACAUAAAGGAUUGUAUCUCAUUAAGUAAAUUGCUUUUUUUAUUAUCUUGUCAGUUGCAUUAAAACCCUUAUUUUUAAAUCCUUUAAAGUAUUUUACUAAUUUUUGCAAAUAAUUAGAUGUUUUUAAGUGCUGCAAUAGUGUGCAAUAUAGUAAACAUUUAUAUACAGAAGUGCAAAUUAAAUUAUGUACAACACUUGUGCUGCUUCUUUGUGAAUCAGAAUGUUGUAUGAUGAGAGUCGUUGCAUCUCCCCAUACACUGCAAACAGGGUUUGAAAGUCAGAGGAAAAGGUUAUGAAACAUACCGUACAUACUAGUUGGGACACAUUAAGCUUUACACUGACUAGGGGGUUUGGAGAAGAUGGUGUGGAGAACAUGAAAGGCACUGUGAGAUGUCAGUGAAUUGGACGUCAUAGACAAUCAAAAGCAAGCAAGGUGAUCAUUAGCAGCAAUAUUGUUUGUCUUCAUAUUUUCACCUUCAGACUCGAUGCUUUUUAUUAAAGAUAAUUGCCUGUUUUUAAACUGUCUGCAGAUCCUGCUGUACAAACUUUGUGCUGUGUCUCAUUGUGCUGUGAAACAACUGAUAGAAGUAAAGACUGUUCAUGGUCUUGGCA